AUGGAUACAAGUCCAGCAAAUUAUGCAAAUUCAGUACCACAUAUAUCCUAUCUAGCUGAAGGAAAGAAGGAAAGCCCGUUUCUACCAUUGACAUCGCUGGAAUUUCUGAAGCAACAUGGUACCAAAUUGAAGCGUUUGAGGGAAGGAAAUCUCAAUGAGCUGAGCUCUGAUACGCUGAUGGAUACUCCUGACCAUCCGGCCCAGUCAACUGCUAGCCCCAUGAAGGUAGCAAAAGUGCAACUACGUAAGUUCAACUCCCAGAAGAUUGAUGUUCUUUCUUAUGUGGCCAGUCGCAUUGGAACCAUGGUUCAAAGUCGCGGUCGCGGUCGCAGUCGCGGCUUGGAACGUUCCACAUCGGUCUCGGCAUAUCCGUCGCGGUUUCGAUCUGAAGGAGAUUAUUUUGAGUUGGAAUUUGAUGAAGAGUUGGCUAUUUUUUUGGCCUUGCGUCUGUGGACUCAACAAUUUGAGCAGAGGAAUCUUUUGCAAGAAGGAAGUUUCAGAGCUUUAAAUAGGUGGUUGACUGAGCAAAUUUACAUAAGCCAAUCUCUGUUCUUUACUAUUCUCAGUGAAAAGAUAAAAGACACGGAUACUACCCUAGAUGAAAAUUCAGUACCGCAAAUCUAUUAUCUAGAUGAAGGAAAGAAGGAAAGCCCGUUUCUGCCUUUGACAUCGCUGGAAUUUCUGAAGCAACAUGGUACCAAAUUGAAGCGUUUGAGGGAGGGAAAUCUCAAUGAGCUGAGCUCUGAUACACCAAUGGAUACUUCUCACCAUCCAGCUUUGUCAACCGCUAGCCUUAUGAAGGCAGCAAAAGCGCAACUAUUUAAGUUCAACUCCCAGAAGAUCGAUGUUUUUUGUUAUGUGUCCAGUCACAUUGGAACUCUAUCUGGUCUCCGCUCAGAAGUUCCUGGAGACUUGGAACUUGCACUGCUACUGCAAGCUGCUGCCGAAAAGGUGGCCAAUCAACAAUAUGUGCAAGCAAGGAAGUUGCUCAUCUUGUGUGGUUGCUUUGCUUCUAAAAGCGGCAGUCCUGUCCAAAGAGUUGUGUAUUGUUUCGCUGAAGCUCUUGAAAAGAAGAUUGAACAAGAGUGGGGAAUAGCUCCAACAGAGGAACUGGUAGGGAAGCUAAGGAAGCCAUUGGAUGAGAUGCUAGCCCAAGUUUAUAUGCAACCUGCAAUGAUGACAUCUCAACAGGAAACACCCUUCACUCUUUUUACUGAGUUUACAGCAACAGAAUCCAUCUUGAAUGCUGUAGCAUCAGCAAAAAGGGUUCAUCUGAUAGAUUUUCAAAUUAACAAUGGAGCACACUGGACACUGAUUAUGCAAGCUUUAGCUGUCAGAUACGAAUGUCCCUUUGAACAUCUCAAGAUAUCGGCCGUUGGAACCUCUAAGAAGAUAAUGGAAGAGACUGGCAAGUGGUUGUCAUCUUUCGCUGAGACCCUCAAUUUGCCUUUUUCAUAUAAGAUGGUUGUAUCAGACCUGAAGGACCUCAGGGAAAAUUAUUUUGAGUUGGAAUUUGAUGAAGAGUUGGCUAUUUACUCGGACAUGCGUCUUUGGACUCAACUAGUAUGGCCCAAUCACUUGAAAGCUCUAAUGGGUGUUAUCAGAAAACUCAAGCCAAGAAUAGUGGUGGUCAAAGAAUUUGAGGCAAAUACAAAUGCACCAAAUUUCCCAGAACGCUUUGAUGCAGCACUUCUUCUAUUCAGUGCAAUGUUUGAUUGUAUCAACUCUUGCAUGGAUCAUCACGUUUUGUAUAGAAAGAUGACUGAAGAAGUUAUCUUUCCACGUAUGGUUCAAAACAUUAUCGUGGCUGAGGGAAUGGAGAGGUUUCAACGACAUGAAAAAAUCGGUUUUUGGAGGAAGCUUUUCGCAGAGUUCGGAAUGGCAGAAACAGACCUGACCCGCUCAUCAUUAUGUGAAGCAAGCUUGUUCCUUAGAAGUUCUGAGCGCUUGAGUUCUUGUACUGUGGACAUGGAUGGGAAAUGUCUGAUCAUGGGGUGGAAGGGUGCUCCAUUUCAGUCUCUUUCAGCCUGGAAGUUGCAGAAUGAGUACGAAAUCUAG